AGCGGAGCCGUUUACACGACAGUCGGCAACAUCCAUGCGGCAAGCGGACAAUGGCAGCCUCAGACCCCCCCCAUACGAUGCAACCGCUGUGGGGAGACCAGGAAAGCGCUGAGGAAGAAGGAGCCAGUCGGUCCCUGACUCCGUUGUCCAACACCAUCCAGGCAUGGCCCGCCUCUCAUGUUUGUUCUCAGUCCGGCCUUACGAGCACUCCCUGCUGCCACCACAACCUGCAUGUGCCCUCACGUCGCCGCCCAGUCCUAGCAAAAUCCAAGGACACGCCCAGCUGCGCAAGCUAUGCGCCGCUCCAACGCCGCAGACGUCGAGUUGGCAGCCCGCCUGCUCGAUCAGGAUGACAUCGACAAGAUCGAAGACCAUGACCUGAGCGACUCUUCCAGCGGCGAAGAUCGCAGUCGCCCCGCCUCAUCUUCGUCGUCGUCGUCAUUGUCGUCGUCGUCGUCGUCCUCGGUCAUGUCUCGAGGCCGCUCGAGGUUGUCGCGUCCGUGGCUCGGCUACAAUGCCUCCCGAUGGCUCACGCGGAGGCGAGCUCAGCCAAAGAGCAUUGCUCUGCUCGUUCUCGCUAUCAUCGUCCUGAUCAUCAUACUAUGCAGCCCCUACACAUCCACGGCUCGGGUUCCCCUGCAGGGCGUCAUGAACCUCGUCUACCCAUCAGGCAACUCGCAGAAAUAUUGCACGACAUGGCCUGUCGACGAGGAAGGCAAGCUGGCUAGCGGGCUCGACGUUGCGCCGGAACGGUUCAAGGUCGGUAGUGUCGCUCCUCCCGGAGGCUGGAAGAAGCCACAAGGCUUCAAGGUCAUUGGCAUGGUCUUCUACGGGCGGAGGCGGACAGUGGACAUCUUGGAGUGCUACCUCCAGCAGAAUCUCGCUGCCAAUGGCGGCUACCUUGAUGAGGUCUGGUUCAUGUCCAACACCGAGAUCGAGGAUGAUGUGGCCUGGUUGGACGACCUGGUUGGCAGAAACCAAGAGGUGUACAAGGUGAUUAGAGGCAAUUGCCCGAGCAAACACUUUGGCUGUCUGUGGGAUCAUGCCGUCGGCAACAAGACCAUGUACAUCAAGAUUGACGAUGAUAUUCUCUACAUACAUCCAGACGCGAUCCCCCAGCUGGUCCACACCCGUCUCAACGUCCCGCACCCGUUUGCUACCGCCUCGAAUCUGAUUAACAGCCCCGUCACCGCCGUGCAGCAUUACCACUAUGGCGCAAUCUACCCCUUCAUGCCCGAGACGAGCGAAAAGGCGUCGUUCAAGGCGGCCGUCACAUGGAGGCCGUCCGCAAAGCCGCACUACCCAGACUCGAUCGACUCGCACCCAAUAAGGAACGUCAAGAAGAUGCCGGUGCCGUACCAGGGCCACACGUGGCUGAUGACAACUGGCGGAAAUUUUGACCUGAUCAAGACCCCGAUGGGUGUCUACCAGCUCAGUGGCGACCAUACAGACUUGGCGUUCAGCCCAGCCUGGGAGUCUUGGGGUAUUGGCGCGCAACAGCAAUACUCUCUAUUGCACAACCUUGAGCAGAACCGGAUAGACCGUUACUUCUUCGGGCGCAACAUCGAGUUUCAGCCAGGGGCCAGGACAGCAAAUGCCGACACUAUCGCACAACCAAUCGAGGGUGGCCCUGGCGGAGAGCAGACUUACGACACAAGAUUCGGCCGGUACAACCUCAAUUUUGUCGCCGUCUGGGGCUCCGAUAUCCGCGAGCAACUUCCCAUUGCGGACGAUGACGAGCAGGAUCUGACGGUGACCAUCCCCCUGAGGACCCAACGUCCAUUCUUGGUUGACACGCGUUCUGUUGUCUCGCACUUCAGCUUUGGAACUCAGAUGGAGGGCAUGCGGCAGACUGAUUUGAUCGACCGGUACCGCGCACUGGCCAACGAGGUUGCCUGUCCAGCAAAGAGCCCGAGGAUUCCCAUGGAUCCUGCGUGUCCAGGCUUUGAGAUGGGCAUCGGCGGAGAAGCGCGCGUUGGUACCUGAGGCGAGGAUUGCUGCAUGGGGGAGGACGAGAUGAAUUUUGGGCAUUUCCAUCGGUUGCAUAGCGGGCGUAGCAUUUUGAAAGAUAUCCAAGAUUUGUGCCGAGCACUACGCAUUCUCAAUGCCAUAGAGAACGCACUCUGAGCGUUUUCCUCGUUCGAGUAGCAAAUUGCCGUAGGCUGGCUUUACUGGCGCAGGGGUUUCACAUAUCUGAAUAAUCACGGCAUUUUUCCUCA